GCGGAACCCCACCAAAAUUGCAUCCUCCACCAAAGCCAGGCCACCUUCACGACACCAAACGUCACUCCGACCACCACAGCGCGCAUGACACCCUAGCGAACACUCGUCGAACCUACCUGCUCGAGGGAACCGAACUACGAUUGCUCAGGCGUUGCAUUAUCGACGAUAGCUUUCGCGCGCGCACACACAGACGGAACAACCGCACAAGGCCACGGCCUUUUCUCCUCUCACCCAACCCCCCCUCAAAUCACAAUGCCGACCUACAAGACAAGCCAGGAAUGGCUGGAGCAAUCGUCUCUUCUCCUCCAAGCCCGUCCUACAACCACUCGCAUCACAACAAAGUACUCCAUCAAAGCAGUCAAACCCCGAAAGACCAAGACCGAUGAUGCCUCCGCCGCAGAAGACGCCCCCAUGACAGACGCCAAACCCCCGCGCGGCUCCCUCGUAAUCAAAACCUUUGACCCGGUCAGCGGCGUCACCCUCAAAUACCGCACCACAAAGGCCGCCGAGGUCUCGCGCCUCGUCACCUGCCUCGGCGCCCUGGGCCGCACAAUGGCCACCUCGAAACCGGCGACGCUGGAUGAGCCGAUGGCCGACGUCGCAGGCGCAGCGGGGGAGGACACGCCGGCGGGCGGCGCGGCGACGCCCGUGGAGAAACCUCAGGCUGCUACUGGGGGUGGUGGUGGAGGUGCUGGUGGAAAGAAGAAGAAGAAGGGCAAGAAAUGAGGACUAGGAUUUGGGUACUGGGGUAGUCAGUCAAGAGUGGGAGACGCAAUACCACUGCUGGGUAAGGAUGUUGGGUGCGAUAUGCUGAGUGACUUGUGGUCAAUAGACCCAUCAUGAAGAAGGCAUUACUAGUCUACGGGGCUCUCAAAGGCCUUGGAGAAGCUGACUCGCAUACAUCAAGGGGUCAGGGCGAAGAAAAUGAGAAAAUAUCGACAAAGUGGCAAUAUUAAAGCCCUGCCGGAGAGGCCAUCGGGGGAAUACAAUGCAUCACAGCACAUCAUAAAAGAGAAGAGCU